AUGGGUAAAGCAUCAAAGGCGACAAAGAAGUUUCAGUCGAAGCAUCUAAAACGUACUCUCGACCAGAGAAAGGAGGUUAAAAAACACAAGAAGCUGCAAGGCGCUCGUGGGAAGAAAACCGGUGAAAAGGUAGACACCAGGUUAACGAAAGAUGAGCAAAAGAUGAGGGAUUCCGCUAAGGAGGAAGUUUUCAAAGACAUGUCUGUGGAGCAAGUGUUUGAAAAAGGAAUUGACGUACCAAAAAUGAACAAGAAGAUGAGAAAGCAAUCCGAGAACAAAUCCAAUGACACUUCGGACGAUUCAUCCUCUUCUGAAGAAGAAGAUAUGGCCACGAAUAUGGCAGCUUUAUCAAAAGAGGACCCUGAGUUCUACAAAUAUCUACAAGAAAAUGAUAAAGGGUUGCUAGAUUUUGCUGGGAGUAAUCCAUUAGAUGGUGCUGAAAGUAGCGAUGAAGAAGAGGGGCAAGACGCGGGUGAAGAAGAGACACAGCAUGAAGCGGCCGAACUUGAAGAGGCUGGUUCUAAUAAAAUUGAGCUUACUGUUUCUUUGGUUAAGAGUUGGAAAAACGAACUUCGCAACGCGCCUAAUUUGAAACUGCUAAGAAACGUUAUUAUUGCAUUCAAAGUAGCCGUCCAUAUCAACAAUGAGGACGGUACUGAGGACCACAAGUAUGCAGUAAACGACGAAAGGGCAUUUCAUCAAUUGAUGUUUGUCGUCUUAAAGGAUUUACCGCAGGCUAUCCAAAAGAUGGUUCCAUACAAGAACACCAGGGGAUCUAGAACUCUGCCAACCGGUACAAACGUUUCCAAAAUUUCAUCCAUCAUUAAAGUCCACUCUGGUUCUUUACUAACACUGUUAAACGAUGUUACUAACACGGAAACAGCUGCUAUGAUACUGCACUCGAUUGAGCAAUUGUUGCCAUACUUUUUAUCGUAUAGAAGAAUUCUGAAAGAAAUGCUGAAGAUUAUUGUUCAAAUUUGGGCAACAACCAGGGAAAUUGAAACACAAGUUGCCGCUUUCGCCUUUCUACACAGUGCUUGUAAAGAGUUCAAAAAAUCUGCUCUAGAACUGGUCCUAAAAUUGACCUACUCUACCUUUAUCAAAAGUUGUCGUAAGACUAAUAUUCGUUCUAUGCCUUUGAUCAAUUUCCAAAAAAACUCUGCAGCUGAAUUAUUUGGCAUCGACGAGGCGCUAGGUUACCAAAUUGGAUUUGAAUAUAUUCGUCAACUAGCCAUACAUUUGAGAAACACGAUGAGUGCCACAUCUAAGAAAAACCAAAAAAUAAAUGCAGCAGAUGCCUAUAAGAUUGUCUAUAACUGGCAAUACUGCCAUUCCUUAGAUUUCUGGUCUCGUGUGCUUUCCUUUUCUUGCAACCCCGAGAAGGAACAGGGCCGUGAAUCUCCUUUGAGACAGCUAAUCUAUCCGCUGGUCCAGGUCACAAUUGGUACUACUAGGUUAAUUCCAGCUCCUCAAUUUUUCCCUCUAAGAUUCUACUUGGUUAAAUCCUUGAUCAGACUUUCUCAAAAUACAGGUGUUUUCAUCCCUAUCUUUACCAUACUUUUUGAGGUUUUAACAUCCACCGCCUUCACGAAACCACCAAAGAGGAAGAACAACCCUGAGGCUUUUGACUUUGAUCAUAACAUCAGAUGCCCUCAAGGUUACUUGGGGACCAAAAUAUACCAAGAUGGUUUGUGUGAAGAAAUUUGCGACCUGCUAGGUGAAUACUUUGUGCUGUACUGCAAAAGCGUUUCAUUCCCAGAAUUGACUACCCCUGUCGUGAUUUCCUUGCGUCGUUACAUCAAGACAUCCAAGAGCAUCAAGUUGAACAAGAGGUUGUCUAAUAUCGUUGAAAAACUGCACCAGAACAUUUCAUUUAUCGAAGAUAAAAGGGCACAUGUCGACUUCUCUCCUAGUAACAAAACCGAGGUCAACAGAUUUUUGAAUGACGUUCCUUGGCAAAAGACUCCAUUGGGUUCAUAUGUUUCGGUACAGCGUGAAGUGAAGGAGGAGAAGGCUAAGUUGAUCAGAGAAAGUUUGGAAGAAGCUGAUAGAGAAAAGGAGGAGGCAAAAGAUGUUGAAAUGUCAGAUGACUGA